AAGAAAGAAGGCCGUCUUCGAUUUUAUAAACCGAAGUUCAACUAUAUCUUCUGUGAUAUGGAUGGUACACUGCUAAACAGCAAAAGCCAAAUUUCGUCAGCAAAUGCCAGGGCUUUAAAAGAGGCUGUCUCAAGGGGUGUGAAAGUGGUGAUAGCCACCGGAAAAGCUCGUCCAGCUGUGAUAAGCAUUUUAAAGAUGGCAGAUUUAGCUGGAAAAGAUGGCGUUGUUUCAGAAUUUUCUCCUGGGGUUUUCUUACAGGGAUUGCUUGUUUAUGGUAGACAAGGUCGGGAAAUAUUUAGAAGGAAUUUAGAUCCAAAUGUUUGCAGAGAGGCCUGUCUUUACUCUUGGGAGAAUAAAGUUCCUCUCAUAGCUUUCACCAAAGAUCGAUGCUUAACUUUAUUUGAUGACCCGCUAGUUGACUCACUGCACACUGUAUAUCGUGAGCCAAAGGCAGAGAUCAUGCCGUCGGUUGAUCAUCUCUUGGCUGCAGUUGACAUACAGAAAGUGAUCUUCUUAGACACUUCUGCGGGAGUGACCACUACGCUGCGGCCAUACUGGUCAGAAGCAACAAGAGAUCGUGCCACUGUUGUUCAAGCUGUGCCAGACAUGCUUGAAAUUGUUCCCCUUGGGACCUCAAAAGGGAUUGGAGUGAAAAUGCUGCUUGAUCAUUUGGGAAGCACUGCAAAAGAGAUAAUGGCAAUUGGUGAUGGGGAAAAUGACGUUGAGAUGCUUGAGCUGGCUUCUUUAGGCAUUGCUCUUAGUAACGGAUCAGAGAAGACAAAAACUGUGGCUAAUGUAAUUGGUGCCAGCAACGACGAAGACGGUGUUGCUGAUGCCAUCUACCGGUAUGCAUUCUGAGCUUCACUUCAAGUAUGAAAAACUAAACUAGACUAAAUAAUAACCAGGGAAGCAAUCUGUUGCUGCUUUCACCAAAUUAUUAUUAUUAUUAUUUUUCUCUCAAAAGAAACAUUAAAUGAGCUCAGCCAAAGGCGCGUGAAGUUUUAUCAAUUUUUACUCAUUGAAUUAUAUAUAGGAUGAAUUUCAUCUUUGGUGUUUCAUGUGACCGAUGUGGAAUCAUUCAAUUUGUAUCAUAUGAAAUGUUUUCUAUU